CACACACAUUACAGGGCCAUUUAAACACUGAGUCUGCACCUGCUGAAGAAGAGAGGAGCAAACAGGAAACAAGCAUAUGCCGACCGAGAGGAGUUCACAGACCGCAGGGCCAGCUACAAGAGACAAAAAAAACCGCAAUGAGUGAUUAUAACAGACGCACACAGGGUGCACCAACAGGAAGCAACAAGCCUACGCGCUUGGCAGGAGGAAGUGUUGGUGUUUGACAGAGCAGCUCACCCCAUCCUCCUGAGGCUCUACAUACAGCUCCUCACCGAUCCUGGACAGAGAGUGGAUGGCUUUGGCCAGGACUGGACAGACGGUAGGAACACAAACAUAAACAGUUCAUGUAAUAAACAGAUUAUCAUCUUCAAACUAGUAUUACUGGCAGAGAUGGGGCUGAUAAAGGUUGACGCGGUUUGCUACCUUUGACGUUUCCUCCUGUCACAACGCAGUCCAUCUCAAAUUAAAAACUUCUCUUCUCUCAACUUAGCAAACUAGGCUAAAAGUUAGCCGAAACCUGCUCUCGAACUCCAACAACAAACGAACCAGGGAUUGUUAGUUACACGCCUCAGAGAAACCCUCCCUGCACUAGAAAUUUUUUACUAUUUUGUUCUAUUUUUUCAGUUUUAAAUUUCCGUCGCAACUCAACAUGUUUGCAGCCACUCGUAAGAACCCUUGCGUUGUUUACGCCGCCAUAACCCGCUUCCGCUGCGAUGACGAAUCAGAGAGGUAGGAACUCAAAGAGGCGUGGUUUCGACUCAGAGCAUGCGCAGUGGGCUCCUGCAGGUUAUCAGCGCUAAAUCAAACGUAAGUAGUGGAGAGUUGGGUAAGAUGAGCCAUUUUACAUAUUUCAGAUCACUACAUCAAGGUAAUCAUAGUUUUGUCUCUAACUAGUGUAUCUGCAUAUAUUUUAAGAUGUUGUGUAUCCCUGCAAACCAACAGAAUGAGUGUAAACAUAACUGUCUUGAUAAUAUAGCAUGCCAAAAAAAAGUGGUCUCCUAUGGUCAACUUACCCCGUGUAUGGGGUAAGUUGACCAUAGGAGCGGGGUAAGUUGAACUGUAUCCCUACUAUCCCCCCACUAUCCACCCCAGCCCUUCCUCACCUUCUCUCUCCCUAAAUAACAGUCACUUCUCCACAAUCAUGUGUAUUUUUAUCUAUAAUACACUAUUCAGCUGGUACAAUAAUUAUUUUUAUUAUUAUUGCAUAUAACUGCUAAAAAGCUGUUUUGUAAAAAAAAAAAAUCACUUGUAAUGUUAUCAGGAUUAAAAAGAUUUUAAAAAAUCAUGUGGAAACAAAGACACAAUCUCCCAGUUUGGGAAGAGUGUCAGUGUCAUUUACUGUGAGUGGGUUGUAUCUUUUUUCCAAAAUAAAAUUAGUUUUUUCUAAACUCCCAUAAGUCUGGUUGUUCCACAGGUCAUAGCUGGGUACUCUGUGUUUCUUUCAUUCUGAAGACACAAAUAGCAGCUGUGCACUGAAAAUGCCCUGUAAUUACUGCUCAUAGGUCACGGUGGGAAGGGAGAUGGUGAGUGCACAUGUGUAACUAAGGGAGAAAGAGACAUAAACGGAACAGAAGGGAGGGGAAACUGAAAGAUGGGCAGAGAGAGACAGAGAACGAAAAAGAGAGUGACUGUCAGUACACAAUUAUCUCACCUCACUGGUCUUUCUUGUUGGUCUGCUUUAGGGUGUAAAAUCUGGGGAACGUUGCACCGUCUCUCCUCCCAUUGAUAGAAAUGUCUGUUGCUUAAAGGGAGUGACUUAAAACGACCUUUUUUGAAUCCACAGACGAGAGAAGCAGAGUUUGGAAAGACUUGGGAAGAAGGAAGUCCGAUUUCUGUCAAGAAGAGAGGAGCUGCUGCUGAAACCUAGAUGGAUUAUGGAGGAGCGGAAGCAGUAAGACAGCAAAACAUCCAUCCAAGGCAGAGAAAGAGAGGACACUGAGGAAUUAAAGCCUAAAAAAUGGGCCUGACAUCAUAUUCAAAGUGAGUCUUUUUUAAUGAUAAUGGAGAAAGAUUGGAAAGUAAAAAAGAAGGGGGCUACCCUCGUAAAAUUUGGACAAUGUGGCUGUGUUAUCCACACAAAGAUUCUUUUUCUUUCACUUUGUCUUGAUUCUUUUUAACUCCACACUUCACCGAUGUCUGUGAGCGAUCCGUCCAUGUCGAGAGGACUAUACUGUUGUGUUUACAUCGUCACAUUUCUCUGGAUUUGAUACACUGCAGCCUUAAUCAGAAAUGUCUCAGCCACGAAAUUCAUCAGACUCUCAGGCCCUGCUGCAGUCCAUGUUGCAGAAGCUGAAACUCCAACCAGGGAGAGAGGGUCAGGUGUACCUUCACUCACCUUUACCCAACACAGCUGCUCCAACAUGGGGGCAGGAUGGAGACAGAGGGACAUCUGACCCCCAGGGAGUAAAGAGCAGUCCUGUAAAUGGAUUUGAAUCCAGUACUAAGGGUUUUUCCUCACAAGACUUUGGGAUCUCUGCAGCCAAGAUGCAGCAACCAGACCGUGCAAGUGAAGGGCAUGGUUAUCGUUUUUCCUUCCCCACCCAGAAAGACAACACUGACAGCAAGACGGGUGAGAACAGGGUGACGGGACAGACCACAAAGAUCCCAAAAGGAAGAGAACAGCUGCUUCCUGCUGUUUCACUCAAGGAUGUUGGUAUCUCUUCCUCUGGGAGGACUGAUGAAGAGAGGGGGAGUUUGGGCAGUUCUGCAAUGACAAGUCACACCCCUGACGAUAAAGAUGCUGAGACAAGCACAGGACAGAGUCAGGAGCCGGGUCAGGGUUUCACCCCCAGAGUCUACUCUUGGUCCCUGAAGCCCGCAGAUGGAAAUAUUGACACAGGGAGUCAAGCAGGCGAAGUGUUGCACAUGGGAAAUGGAGGAUUUGGAGCCAAAGACUUGCAGGUUUCACCAACAGGGAAAACAAACAGCCUCAGUAGAAGACAGCAACGAACAACAGGGAAUAAAACAAGGAGAUGGACUCAGAAGAUCAAAGAGAAAUGGAGGGACAGGCAGGGAAGUUUUGGGAAAAAGGGAAAAGAAGAAGGAGCAGGAAACAACCAGCAAGGAAGUGGAGUGAGUGAAGCUUUUAGUUAUUGUCAAAACUUAUCAGAAAUAACAACAAACUGAAACUUAAUCUACUUCACAGGUUUUAUCUGAAAACCAGCUGAUUACACCAGAAAUUCUUAUCAACACAUCAAAUAAAGAAGAAGGAAGAAUGACCCCUUCAUUAAACAGCAGCGAUUCCAGUGAAACUCCUGCUGCACACACAGACGAAAGUGAUGGAUAUAUGAGGUUAGCAACCAGACAGUGUCAAAAAUAUGAAACAAAAAUGCAUGAAUACAUUCUAAGCAAUGCUAAAGCCAUAAAGACACAUGUUUAAAGUUCUCUGUCUGGGUUUGCUGAUUCGCCUCUCAGGCGAAAAGCAACGCAGAGUGAGAUAUGUGAAGUAUUUGUGAGACUGAAACCACAGCUACGAUAUUAGUUUGGCCUCAUAUUUGUUCCUUCUAAUGUGCCAAACACACCCCAUCACUGACAGCAGCUGUCAUCACAGCUUGUAAGACACACUUUAGCACUGCGAUAAGUCACAUGAAAUUUUUAAGACGUGUCUUAAGAGGUAACAUCAUCAGUAAGAUAUUCAAAGGUCGUGCUACGAUUAAAAAAUACUGUAUCUUUUUAAAAUCCCUUUUUGUAAAAUUGCAUCACACCAACUAACACAAUAUCAGUGCUCAUUUUAUCACACAGAGUGGUCCUUGUCAUUGUAAUAUGAUCUCUGAUGCCCUGUCUGUAAGAUACAUUUUACUGAGUGCUGCUUGCGUCAGAGUCCCUGUCUGCUCUAGAGUCAUUUUGGAUUUCCAAACGACAUCCUUUCAUCGGCCAUUAACAGAUUUACUUGAAAUCUGUGUGGUAACUUUUGAUUCCAGCCAUCACAAAACUAUUGUCUAGUUUAUUGUGUAUUCUUCCAACAAAAUGCUCUGGGUAGCAGAAUAUCACACAUGCACAUGCAGCUCCCUCAUCUUGUUCAUCAAGUCCCACUGAAGACUUAUAGCUAUAAUAGCAACAUUCAGUGUUAAGUCUUCAAACAUUGCUUGACUUUUAAACCUAUAACAGUGUGUCUUUGCUUAAUAAUAAUAAUGAAUUUUAUUUAUAGCACGCUUUUACAAGCGCUCAAAGAUGCUUUAUAAGAAACACAAUUUAAAAUAGAGAAAAUUUGGAGUAAUAAGACAAACAAUGUAAAAUGUAAAAAAAAGACAUAUUAUGAAAAGACAAUAAAAGAUCAGUUCACAGGUUAAAAGCCAAUUUAAAAAGUUGUGUUUUUAGGAGUGAUUUGAAAGUAUGGGGGUCUGUACAGUCUCAGAUGGGUUUGGGGAGUGAAUUCCAGAGGGUUGGGGGCAGCAACGGAGAAGACUCUGUCCCCCCCAAGUUCAGUGCUUGGUCCGAGGGGGUAGGGCAAGGAAAUUUCCCUCUGAGGAUUGGAGGGCACGAGAGGGGGUGUAGUAGUGGAGCAGGUCUGUGAGGGAGGUGGGGGCCAGGUUGUUAAGUGAUUUGUGGGUCAAGAAUGGGCUGCCUGCUUGUGUGUAUACAGUAUGUGUAAUAGGGGUUACACUAACUAAUCAAAUAGUCGACUCAUCGUCGGCACUGUUGGCAAUCCUCAACUACUCAGACAGUCAAUAUCACAGCAGGGCAUUGGCUCUGACAUGGGGCUAAAGGUGGGUUUUGUCUAGAAAAGCCACAUCGCCACUCUUAACUGUGAUUUCAACAGUGUGGGAUCUCAAUGUGGAGUGCCCGUGAGGUUAGCAUAACAGAAAACAACACUUAUGACUAUUUAUCACACAAUUAUUCUUACAUGAUGACAAGUUGACUCGCUGACCACUACUUUGAAAAACUUGACAGCUGGUAAAAAUAGUCAUGAGACUCUCUGAUGUGUAAGGACUUGUGCAUGAAUAGGUCAGGGAUGACAGGGCUUGUGUUUUCAGUACGUAUGUGUGUUCAUGUUGUAUUAAAUGAAGUUGAAGUGAAUUGAACUCUCUUGUGACAGGUCCACUGGGGACUUUGAGUUUGGCCUAGGCUCCUUCAGUUUACUAGAGGAGAUCGUUACGGGUCAAGAAUGGGCCAAAUUUCUGAACCCAAACCUGCCAUCCCCUUUGACCAGUCAGAGACCGUCAGAGAAACUUCAAACUACACAACUUCAUCAUGAUUCAGUCGACUCAAAUCCUCAUGGAGCCAACAAGUUGAACUUGAUGGGGGCUGAGGCAAGACCCUGCUCAGUUGUGAGCAUGGGACAGACUUCACCUGAUGUGUUCCUGCCUGUCAGCAUGGACGUUUCAGGAGGGAAACAACAGCUGGAUGUUCACAGAGAGGCUGAUCACUCAGAACCAAUGGAGCAUGGACAUAACCAAUCAGACAUGCAGUCAGAGGAGAGUGGACAACAACAAAGACCAUCCUUAUUUUUAAGGGUCAGUUAUCAUAUGAACAUACAAAACAGCUGUAUUCGUUCUUUGUAAUCAUCUGAUUUUAUCUAAACUAAGAGAUCAAACUGAAAUGAUAUCACAGAGGGUGGACUUUAAUGUACAAAUGUAUGUUUCUCACCCUAUUACCUUGUUGUAUUUGCAGCCUAUAGAUCUUUUGGAUAACUCAGCGCUAAAGAGCAGAGUUCAGCUCAACAGAAAGCGGCAGCAUCAGUCAGCUGUGAGGACAGACCCCAGGCUUCAAACAAGUCCUGGAAAAGCAACAGCCACAGGUCAGAGCACCUGUACAUUUAGGGUUCUGAUGACACACUUUGGGUUGUUGCCACGUGUUGAUGAAGUUGUGUUUUUUUUUUAAAUGGAAAACUCUGCUCUGUUGUCUCUUUCCUCAUAGAAGAGGGGUCCAUGACUCCAAACAGGGAGAUAACAAAUAAGACAGGGGAGGAGUCUCAACAUGACGUCCAGCCUUUGUACUCCCUCAAGUCUGCUCAACCUCUGUCUCCUUCUUCGGCUCCACCCAAGGGCGUUCUCAAACACUCCAUAUCCCGGGAGUCAGAGUCCUCAAUGGAAGUGGAGUCAAAAAGGGUGAGUCCAAAGAAAAAGUACUGUAAAUGGGAAUAACGCUGCCUCCUUGUGGUGGAAAAGUGUAGCUUAUCAGUGUCCCAAGUCAGUACAUCACGACAAAAGACUUGGCAGGUUGGGGAGAGAUGAGGUGGUAGCCUUGAUUUCACACAUACCUGAUGCAUGAAAGUUACCUGUAGAAAAAAACCUAUAAAGUUACAGACAUUUUAAUUUUUUUCCAUAUUCACACAACAAUUGUUUGUUGUUUUCCUAAACUACUUUCUUGACCAUUUUGUCAAUAACUUCAAAGAGAUAUCGUAAUGAAACAAGAAGUUAGCGCAUAUAACAGGGUAAAAAUAUGUCGUCUAAAGGCAGCGCACUUAAAACCAAACAGCUAAAAAUUUAUUUAUAAUUCUUAUUUAUUUUCAUACUUAUAUAAGGAUGACAUCACUUUAGCCAUGUGGACAAUCCAACAGUGUUUUUUUACUAACUUCAAUUGGAAAUACACUUUUCUAAGUUUAUUCGACUGAUUGGAAAUUAAAACUCUAAACACUGUCUCAGGUUUUUGUUUCACCAAAUUAUGCUCUUCUUUACAUGAGUAUUUAAUUAAUUGGUAACAUGAAACAGACUUUUAGAAGUUUGAUCUCAAUGCUGUCUUUUUUAAACCCAAUGUACUAAAGAAUAAAGAAUAAAAACAUUUUUCAAUGGUCAUCACAUCUUACUAACCAUUUCUCAUUUCUUUUUGUAUUUUAAUCCUCUUCGUCCCUCUCUGGAUCAGAGGCGAGUUGAGGAGAACCGGCGAGUUCGCUUCUCAGAGGAAGUGCAGGCCAUACCGCCUCUGGAGAUGGAUCUGGAUGACUCUGAUGAGGAAGACUCAGAAGCAGAGGAGGACUCUGUGAUCAGUGAGGAGUUUGAGGCGGAGCGGGUAGUGAUGGAGGAGGUGGUCCAUGCACGCCGGCCUGCCCUGCCCGCCUGGAUCUUGGCGCUGAAGAAGAUGAACAGCGGGAAGAAGCACAAAUAAUCUCAGUGCAAAAGUGGUUUCUUUCAAAGACUUUCUUGCCUGUGUUUAAGAUGUUUCGAAAAAGGCAUGUCUGGCAAAAAGUAUUGCACUUAUUUAACCCUGGAACAGAAACAUUAAUGCAUCAUAACCUUGACUUUUGUGGAUGCGGGACUCAUGGAACCACUUCAGCUUUCAUCAGCUGAGUGUUUUUCUCCAGUAAGCACUGACUGUUGUUGACUUGUUUUGUUUUAGACAGUUUAAGCUCAGCUGCAUAUUUUAAUGCCUUCUCUGGACUGUCAUUGUGUUGGGAUAACUUUGUGCCUUCAAAAUUACAAACAUCCACUGCCAAUGUUUUGUGCUCUUAAGAGCUAAAAUUGUUUCCAGUAACCAGGGGCGCAGGCUUGCCGCAAAUUUAAAGGUCUAAUCCCACAAAGACUCUCAAAUUCAAGCGUCAAAUAUGAGUUUCAUUGUGGAUUUUUUUUUUACAUUUUACAUUUUCUUGUCUUUUAUUCGAUGAUAUCCACUCUGUCUGUGCAGACUGGAUCAUUUGCUGUCAGUGUUACAUCAUUUGCAGAAGUAUUUAACUGAUUUUAAGGAGCUUUUCCAGCUUUUAUUCGCAAUAUUGUGAAGCCUUUUCCUUCAAACAAACUUGGUCACUCUGUCUCAGUAUAGUUGGUUAGUUAGUUCAAUACUUUGUCACAAUCUUACCUGAAUAUUUUCUUGCUUUUAAGAUGCUUAUUCCUUAACAAAAAAGAAAACAUUACCACGUAUGACACAAUUGAAACAAAUAUCAGACAAAGACACCUUUCAGUCAUCAUUCAUUAUCACCAUAUCCUUAAGAAUUACACUCUGGGAAAACCUCACCAAAUACAAAUAUGGUGGUAUAGUGUGUACGACUCUGUCUGGCUUCAUCAACUUUACUACAAACAGAAUCAGUAGAGGUGCAUUUAGGAAAAACUGCUCAGUCCAUCUUUGGGAAGAAACACCUAGAGUGUCUUGUAUGUCGGGGUAUCACAUCAGUGGAAUCCAGUACAGUAGUUAAUGAAAGAGUGACCAUAAAAUAUCAAUGCUGAUACCAUAUUUACCACUAUAGCUGUAUCAUCUGAUCACAUGCAAAAUACCAGAUUGUCAGAUCUUUUUAUUCUGUUAUAUUUUAUUUGUUUUUCUGCACUGUUGGACAUAUUUUCUUAUUUUUAUGAUGCCACAUAACAUCUUAUCAAAGGGCCAGCCUUUCAGUAACAGCUGUUUGUGUCUACAUUUACCUUUGAUGUUGAUCAAUAGAGAUAGUUCCUUCUCGAAUGAGUGGAUGAGAUAAGAAAAGAUAAGAUAAAGAAUGAAUGAAACACACAAACCCUUAUUACAGUUAAAUGUGAUCUUUUUUUAUGAGAUUUACUUUAUUUCUGUUAUUUUGAAGCGAUGCAGUGAUUGUUUUACUGACUUACAGAAAAUACAGUUAUGUUUGGACAGAGUGUUGACAGCUUUUUUUGAGUCUGCGCCCAAGCUCUUAUCAGCAAUAAAGAUACUUUGCAGUUUUACUUCAGUCAAACAGA